AUUACAAAUUACAGAUGGUUGUUGAUUUGAACGUGUUGUGCGGUUCUUUGUUUUUUUUUUCUCCGUCCGUUUCAUUUUGAUAAUAACUAAAAGGACAAUAAAUGGGGAACUGUGUGUACAUACUAACACUAUUAGUGGCAGUCGUUGCCCUUGCCCUGCUAUGGCUCCCCUCGCUAUGGUUCAUGAACAGCUCAGUUCGAACCGAGACCGCUUACCAGGACUAUGUGAAACGUAACGUUCUGAAGCAAUUGCAUGACCGGUGUUCCGAUGGUGAAUUGACUUGGGUACUUCGUCACUUGAAGUCGACUGAAGAUGUUCAGAAAUUAAAUCGGUCAGAAAUACGGGCAAAAAUUGUCGAUAUUCAAUCGCAUCGGAUAUCACAAUGGGAAUUUGGAAGUGACGAAGAAAGGAUUAUCACUCCGAUUAUCAAUGAAAUCUGUACACAAAACUACGAUGUACUCAUCAGUGAAUUGGAAGAGAAUUGUACCAUUCAAGAAUUGCAUAACAUUUGCAAUUACAUCAGUGUGGACAAAUGUGAUGAAUCGAAUUCCAACAGUAAAUCGGAUUGGAUCGAAGAAAUAAUGAAUGUGCAACGAAUAAAAAUUUACACAAAUGUGACGAAAUCAAUAGAUAAAUUUUGCAUUGAACGACACAUCGAAUUGCUGGCAAAGGAACUGAUAGUAAGCUGUACAGGUGGACGUAUCAAGAAAAUAUUCGAUAAACUCAGUGGCAAACAAGGUGAUGUCAUGUGUGGUGACUGCGUCGAGAAAAUGGAAUUCGUAGAAGCUGUUAUCGAAGUCAAGAGGCGAGAUUAUUACCAAGUGAAUGUCGAACCAUUGUUAGACGAAUUUUGUGUACGACCGGAGUUAGACACACUGAAGCAAAAAUUAAUGGAAAAUUGUUCAGGAAUUCAGAUCAAACAGAUUUUCGAGGAAAUAGAUGACAAAUCAACUUGUGAUUAUUGUGUUGAAAAGACCGAUUUUGUUACUGAGAUCAUCAAUGCUAAACGACGUCAAUUUUCUGCAAUCAAUGUUAACACUUUGAUCCAAGAAUACUGUUUCAAAUCAGUCGAGGAUUAACUUUAUUUAUUUAUUUAGAAAAGACAUUUUCAAUUUUACUUUGACUGAUUUUUU